CAGCCAACGCCCGAGCAGAUCCAGCAGAUCCAGCGCAAGAUUGCAGAGGACGCUCAGAAGGCCGGCAUGACCGUGCCCGAGUUUAUCGAGCACAUCAAGCAGCAGCAGAUGGCGCGAAUGCGCGCCAUGCAGCAGGCGGCAGCCCAGCAACAGCAGCAGCAGGGAGGACACGAGGGCCACAACCACCCUCAUCCUCACCAGCAUCCUCACCCGCACCCGCAACAGGGACAGCCGCAGCCCAUUACCCCGGGCCCGCCGAAUCCCAAGGGACUCGCCGUCGCCAAGUUCCUGCGCAGCCAGGACUUGAAGCCACGUACCUCGAUUCUCAACGGCGAGCGCAAGGACAUGUUCAAGGUCAAGCGUGCUCUGCGAGCGCUCCAGUCCCCGGCCUAUGAAAAGGCGCGAAAGAAGAACCCUCUGCUGCCAGAGAUCACCGAUCGAGCGUCCCUGGAGAACACCUUCAAGCUGCUGCCGCUCAGCAUGCUUGCGCUCAGAGUCACCAAGAUCGAGCCGCAGCCCGGCCCCAACGGCAAGAAGCCGAAGCGCGUCAAGGGGCAGUGGAAUGUCAGGAUAGAGCAGCAGCAGGAAGCCAAAGAGGACAUGUACUACGUAUGGCUCUGGGAGGGCAGCCAGGUCAAGCGCCAGCUGUAUGCUGCUCUUGCCCUUGUCAUCAUCUUUGCUGUGGUCCUGUACCCUCUGUGGCCAUUGAAGCUCCGCCAGGGAGUUUACUACCUGAGCUGGGGCAUGCUGGGCCUUCUCGGUCUCUUCUUUGCCAUGGCCAUCUUCCGUGUUAUUCUCUUCUGCGUCACGUACUUUGUUGUGCCUCCUGGACUCUGGCUCUACCCCAACCUCUGGGAGGACGUCUCCUUCAUGGACAGUUUCCGACCCGUCUGGGCCUGGCACGAGACCGAGAAGCCAAAGAAGAAGAAGAAGUCCAAGUCCGUGGCGGCCAAUUCUGCCGUGGCUGCAGCGACUGGUCAGGUCGCUCCAGCUACUGCAACGACUACGGGCACGGAGACACAGAUCAACGUGGCGCCUCAACAGCAAAAGGCCUACGAAGCUCCCAAAGUGGAGGAGAUGGCAGACGAAUGA